UUUCCUAAACAGGAAGUGGGAGUCCAAAGCGCACAAGUUUGGCGUCUGCUUCGAACCGGUUCACACUCAUCGCCGGGGACCCAGACAUUUAUGACCGAAAGGCUUGGAGUCCGCUGGAACUGAGCCACACGAGACUGGCAGCCAUGGGGGCCAUGUUCCGCAGCGAGGAAGUGUGUCUGGUGCAGCUCUUCCUUCAGUCCGGUUCGGCCUACAACUGUGUCAGCGAGUUGGGGGAGCUGGGCCUGGUGGAGUUCAGAGAUUUAAAUCCUAACGUGAACGCCUUUCAGAGGAAAUUUGUUGGUGAGGUGAGACGAUGCGAGGAGCUUGAGAAAACCUUUUCAUUCCUGGAGCAGGAGAUGAAUCGAUCUCUGACCCCUCCUUUGAACGGCCCCCUCCCCGCUCCUUGUCCGACACCUUCGGCCCCCCAGCCCCGCGAGCUCAUCGCCAUUGAGGAGGAGAGCGAGAGGCUGGCCAGAGAGCUUCGAGAGGUGUCCAGAAACAGAGACAGUCUUCGCGCUCAGCUGACCCAGCUGUGCCAGUACAGAGGGGUGCUGACCAGAACACACUCUCUUACAGCUUCACAGGCGCCCCCGUCUCUCCUGGAAAGCCAAUGUCUGUUUGAUAACCACCGUGAUGUCCACCUGAGUUUUGUAGCGGGAGUGGUCCACCCUUGGAGGGUGCCUUCAUUUGAGCGACUGUUGUGGCGAGCGUGCCGUGGUUAUAUUAUUGUGGAUUUUAGAGAAAUGGAGGAUCGUCUCGAGCAUCCGGACACGGGAGAGAUGGUGCAGUGGACCGUGUUCCUCAUUUCCUAUUGGGGGGACCAGAUAGGACAGAAAGUGAAGAAGAUUUGUGACUGCUUCCGCACACAGACAUUUGUGUAUCCUGAGAACACAGCUGAAAGAGAGGAAAUUCUUCAGGGAUUACAAGGCAGAAUUGAAGAUAUCAAAUCUGUGUUGUCUCAGACCGAGACCUUCCUGCAGCAGCUGCUCAUGCGGGCGGUGGUCGUGUUGCCCCAGUGGAAGGUGCGCGUCCAGAAGUGCAAGGCGGUCCAAAUGGUCCUGAACCUCGGCAGCCCCUCCGUCACUGACAAGUGCCUGAUCGCUGAGGCGUGGUGUCCCGUCACUAAGUUGCCUGAGCUGCAGAGCGCCCUGAGAGAAGGAGGGAGAAAAAGUGGCAGUGGCGUUGACUCUUUCUACAACCGUUUGCCUUCAUCUACCUCUCCGCCUACCCUGUUCCCUCUCAACUCUUUCACCGCUGGUUUCCAGAACAUUGUGGAUGCCUACGGAGUGGCGAGCUACCGGGAAGUCAAUCCAGCCGUGUACACCAUAAUUACAUUCCCCUUCCUGUUCGCUGUCAUGUUCGGGGAUGUGGGUCAUGGUGUGCUGAUGACCCUGGCCGGCCUUUGGAUGGUUCUUGAGGAGAAGGACCCCAAGCUGAGAAGCAACAAUAAUGAGAUCUGGAAGAUGAUGUUUGGGGGUCGGUAUCUGAUUCUGCUGAUGGGCCUGUUCUCCAUCUACACGGGAGCCAUUUACAACGAGUGCUUCAGCCGCGGCCUCAACACUUUCAGCUCAGGGUGGCACGUCGGCCCAAUGUUUGAGAAAAACACUUGGAACGCAUCCGUCCUGGCAGGGAACAAGUUUUUAUCGAUGGAUCCUGUCGUGCCCGGUGUCUUCACCAGUCCUUAUCCAUUUGGCAUUGACCCAAUUUGGGGUUUGGCCAAUAACAAGCUCACCUUCCUCAACUCGUACAAGAUGAAGAUGUCUGUUAUCAUCGGCAUCAUUCACAUGACUUUUGGAGUCUGUUUGUCAUUCUUCAACUAUGUGCACUUUGGCAAGUUGAGCAGCGUGUUCCUCGUGCUGAUCCCAGAGCUGUUCUUCAUGUUGUGUCUGUUCGGGUACCUGGUGUUUCUGGUGGUGUUCAAGUGGAUCGCCUACACUCCUGCCCAGUCCAAAAUCGCCCCCAGUAUACUCAUCCAUUUUAUAGACAUGUUUCUCUUCACAGAGAAUGAAGACAACCCACCUCUAUAUAAGGCACAGGGUAUUGUACAGAAAGUGCUGGUGGUCCUGGCGCUGUGCUCCGUUCCCGUCCUCCUGCUUGGGAAACCACUAUUUGAAUACAUCACCCACAAGGGGAGACGUCAGCAGCCGGAAGAGAGACGCCAGCUGUUGGCCGACGAAGCCUCCAUCAACAUCCGACACGGGGAGGUGGACGGAGGUUCUGCUGAGGAGGAGGAGGACUUUGAUGCUGCUGACGCGUUCAUGCAUCAGGCCAUCCACACCAUCGAGUACUGCCUGGGCUGCAUCUCCAACACCGCCUCCUACCUCCGACUCUGGGCUCUCAGCCUGGCACACGCACAGCUGUCAGAGGUGUUGUGGGUCAUGGUGAUGCGUGUUGCCCUGAGGUGGCAGGGCUACGUGGGCUCUGUGGUUCUCUUUGUGGUCUUCGCUUUCUUUGCUGUGUUGACCAUCUCCAUCCUGCUGGUUAUGGAGGGCCUGUCAGCUUUCCUACAUGCACUCCGUCUACACUGGGUGGAGUUCCAGAACAAGUUCUACAGUGGGUCAGGCUAUAAACUGCACCCGUUCGCUUUCUCAUCGAUUAUUAAUGCGUCAGCUAACAUAUGAACAUCAUUCUGGCCAAAGAAUUCACUGAAAUUGCAAAAUCAUUCAUUUAUUAUACCUCAUUGAGUUCUUGGACUGGAACGGACUAACACAACAGUGUUCUGUGGACUGAGGCUUUUAUAUAACGGAUUAAUUGCACAAUGAACAUGAUAGUAUUGACUGUUAUUAUGCCAUAAUUAGAAUGAUAUCCAAGAUACAGUUGCUUUAUUUAAAUAUACUACUCUCUUUUCAAAUUUUAUUCAGUCAGUGUUAUGUAAAUGCAUUCUAGUUAUUCAUUCCUAAAACUUAGUUAUUGAUACUUUUCACUGUGACAUUUAUGAUAAUCUUAACAUUUAAAAGGGAAAUUUAGGGGAACAUAUGUUGAAUUGUUCUGCUAAAAACACUAUUCCCACAGUGUCAUGUCGUUUGAGCACAUGCAAAUGUUAAACAGUUUAAUCUUAAAACAUGAGUAACAGUUUUCUCUUUUGCCUUACUGAGAUAGCUUAUGAAGUCAUUAAGUUGUUGGGACCACAUUGGCAUGAUGAUAUUUUGAACCACAUCAGGAUAUGUUUCUCUUUUUCUUAUUCCCCCCCCCCCCCCCCCGCCCCCCUCUUGUUAUGCACUGUCCAAGUGAUCAAAUUUCAACUGAAAUUAAAUAAAAUUUUGUGUUCUUGUA